CCCACCCCACAGCGCGGGUCCUCUCUCUCGAUGUAGAUAGACGAAACCCUAACUAUUUCCGUCUUUUUCCAGAUAUUUCUCAAAUUUCUUCUCAAUCUAGGGUUCAUUUUCUUGGAUUUCUACCACUUCAUUUCUCUCUCCCAGUUUUCCUCCCCAAUUUCCUGAAUUUACCAAUACAAAGAUUGGUACACAGACAUAUACGAAAAGACUUGUUUGUAUAUAUUGAAAUCGAUAUUUGGAGCGUGAAAAUUGAUAAUUAAGUUAUGUAUAGGGAUCGAGGCGGAGGUGGAGGAGCAUCGAAGGCGGAGAUCAUGGGAGGACCGCCGUCGUCGUCGUUGGAUCGGAAGCGAAUAAACGAUGCGUUGGAUAAACACUUGGAGAAGUCCUCUCCUUCGACAUCUAGGGGAUUAAAGGAUAAAUCUUCAGCUGGGGUGGCAGCCGUGCCAUCCACAUCCGCUGGUAUGGGUGGCGGCUCGGGAAAGUUGCAUCAGCAGCUGGACCAUCGUGAUACUCGCUCCACGUCUACUCUCACUUCCAACAAGAUUAAAGCUUCUGAUGAUGAAUCGGAUACAGAUAGUGAGGAGUCUGAUGUUAGUGGUUCUGAAGGGGAUGAUACAUCUUGGAUUUCAUGGUUUUGCAACUUGCGAGGAAACGAAUUUUUUUGUGAAGUUGAUGAUGAAUAUAUUCAGGAUGACUUCAAUCUUUGUGGGUUGAGCAGUCAAGUUCCAUACUAUGAUUAUGCACUUGACCUAAUUUUGGAUGUAGACUCCUCUCAUGGUGACAUGUUUACCGAAGAACAGAAUGAACUGGUGGAAUCAGCAGCAGAGAUGUUGUAUGGUUUGAUUCAUGUUCGGUACAUUUUGACUAGUAAGGGAAUGGCUUCAAUGUUGGAGAAGUACAAAAACUAUGAUUUUGGGAGAUGCCCAAGGGUUUACUGUUGUGGGCAGCCCUGCCUCCCUGUUGGUCAGUCGGACAUUCCACGAUCCAGUACAGUGAAGAUAUACUGCCCCAAGUGUGAAGAUAUAUAUUAUCCGCGUUCCAAAUAUCAAGGCAAUAUCGAUGGUGCUUAUUUUGGAACAACGUUUCCUCAUCUCUUCUUGAUGACAUAUGGACACCUCAAACCACAAAAAGCAGUACAGAGCUAUGUCCCCAGAGUUUUUGGCUUCAAGAUACACAGGCCCUGAUGCAGAAGUUACAUGUUUUAUUUCUUUCAGAUCUCAGACUCUGGCAGCAGUGGUUAUCAACUGGCUGCUUCCGCAACGUUGCUGUGGGGUAAUGAGUCGGGUCAAGGGCAACAGGCUGGAUAUGUGCAAAUUGAGUUACUGAUGUAAUGCAUUUACUACCUUUCUGGCAAGCAAAUUUGUCCCGUAAAUUUUAUCAUUAUAUUUAACAGAGCAUUUGUGAUCUUAUUGCUUUCUUGGGUGAGAAUGAUGGAGAUGCUUUUCAUUGCAGCGCCGUUGUUUGUCUCCGUUCUUUCUUAAUGUGCAUUAAGUAUCUUAAUUUCGCAAUGGAGGCAUCUACCAGUUAAUGCUGAUAUCUAGGGUCCUGACAACAACAAAUAUGAGCCUUCUUAUUGUUUCUUUGAAGGUUUACGUUAUGUAAUUUCAUUUGAUGUAUUGAUGGU